UUUGGACUCAAUGCAUUUGUUCCACUUGGGUAUAAUGAAAUCAAUUUUUGAAAAAUAUACUGAUAAAAGUAGUAAAAAAAAUUAGGUUCAAAACAAAAAUGUGAAUUAGAAGGAAUUUUGAAAGAUAUAAGUCCGCAUAUUACUAUGGAAUUUCAAAGAAAAUCAUUUAAUUUACAAGAACAGAGUCAUUGGAAAGCCACACAGUAUAGAUUUAUUUUAUUGUACAUACUUCCUUUUUGAUUUAAAAAAUUUAUAACAACAAAUAAGUACAAACAUUUAUUGUUACUCUAUGUUGCGAGUCGAAUUCUAUUUAAUGAAGAGCUUGCUGUAAGUCAAGCUGAUUAUGCAGAUACUUUACUAAAGAAAUUUUUCUUAUUAAUGCCUAAGAUGUAUGGCAAUGAUUCCCAAGUUAUGAACUUUCAUAACCUAAUUCACGUUGCAAGUGAUGUCAAAUACAUGAACGCUUCUCUGUCAUCUUUCUCAGCGUUUCCAUUUGAAAAAUGUCUCGGUCAAAUCCGUAAGUUGAUUCGGAGUCCAAACAAUCCUUUAGUUCAAGUAACUCGCCGAUUACAUGAAAUGCAAUCUGUCACAACUAAAUUUGUUCGAAAAAAUUAUGUGUUUAGUAGAUGUUUAAAAAAGGAUUUCUCAAAUGCGAAAAGCUAUUUAGGAAAGAAUGACGAAGUGUGAAUUAUUAGAGAUAACGUUUAGAGAAAAUACUAUAAAAACUGUGAAACCUAACAAUGUAGUUUCCUUGAAAAACGGUCGAAUUUUAGGAAUAAAUCGAUUGUUCUUUGAUGGACAAACGCUGAAAAUGCAAGGUCAUUAUUUAAAGUGUGAAAAUUCUUUUGAAUACCCGUGUGAAUCAAAGAAUGUUGGUGUGCAACAACUUGUAAAAAAUCGAAAACGUUAAAAACUCACGAUUGUGAUAAUAUUUAAAAAAAAUGUUUAAAAAUAAUGAUCACUACAAAGUGUUAUAUAAUUGAAUUACUUCACAUGUGAAUAUUUGAUAAUAAAAUCGAAUAAAAAAGAGUGUAACACGAGAAAGAAUCUUUAUUGCUUAUUUAUUUACAAAUUAAAAAUUUGAUUCUGUGCAUGUGCACAUACGAUUUUUUGACAUUCCCUGCGCGAAACUCAAGUAAAACUUUGAACACAUCGUAUCAAAAAAUAAGUUACCUCGAGUAUAUUACAAUUUAUAAAUUAUAAUUCCAUUAUACGUUUCGAUAAUUCAACGUUUUUUAAAAAUUAUGAAAAUUCAACCCGCAUUCGAAUUUAAUUUCUCUUUUGUCUCGACUUUGUUGCUAUGGACUGUUUAAUUAUCUUUCGCGCUCAUUUCACACGUACGAAAACUGGAGCGCUUGCCCUGUCGAACUUAACCCAAAAGGAAACGAUGAUUACUUUUGAAAGUUCAAAAUGCCACUACGCGCCUCGACUAAGUUUGCUAUAGUUGUUUUCAAAAAUUACACGCUGAAGAACGGAAAACAAGCCGUCGAACUUGUGCCACGCUCUUGGCUGUAUGAAAACCAAUAUACGUGGUUUUGCGUGUAUCCGCCGAGCAACGAUUACAAGUUUGUCUCUGACUGGGUGAAAUCGGAGAAAGAUCCCGACAUUGACUGGAUUGCAUAUGAACUCGAGCUUUUAAAAGAAGCAAGAAACUAUGAACAAGGGAUGCGACGACUAGAAAAAUCAUUCGAGGUGGGAGAUAUUUCGAGCUCAGAUAUGGACGAACACAUUGGCAAUGGUGUUGAUGCUCCGCAACGUGUGCUUGAAAGUGCUGAAGCUGAAUUCGAGCUUGAUGAAUUGCCGCCUCCACCUGUGCUUGAAAAACCCGCCCCGACAAAUUCCAGAAAAAGAGCCAAUGAAGUUGAGGUUAUCGAGACUGAAGAGCCAGUAAAUAAAAAAAGUCGUGCACUUAUAACGAAGAAAGACUUAGAAGAGCUAGAGACGAAUUUAAGCAAAAAAAUAAAUCGUAUCAAGGCCAACAUACAAUACGAUUUGCGCGAGUUUUUAAAGAACCUCAACAUGAAUAUGCCAAUUUUUGGAGGCUGCAGGGGUGCAAAUUCUUCCGACGUUCCCUUUUUCUGUGCAAGAGGAAUUUCAACAAUUCGAUGAGACUUUAGCCCUGGAUGAAGGAAAAAAACGCAUUGAAAACUAGAAUGGUUCGACUGGACAUCCGAGAAGAUUGUUUCAAGGUAGCGCUUGGGAAAAUUUUGAAGGCCAUUAUCACGAAAGCCGUCCAAACUAACUAUUCAGCUUGCGGAAGAAAAAUUAAGGGCCAGGGAUAGCUGGAUUUCAGCAGUACCAACACCUACAAAAUAUUGACCGAUUGGAAAGCAUAACAAGUUAUGCAUCACGCUGGUUUUCCGGUGCACCUGAUAGAGAGAAGGGCAAGCAAAAUCGCAGUUCU